AUGUCUCGAAACACAGAAAAAGCACAAUCGGCUCUCAAUAGGUUCCAGCUCGCCAAAUCUCGUAGUGCUGGGGUUUUGGAGAGCAAUCCACAGCUACGGCCCAAGUAUGUGCAGCUGGUGAAAAAUCUCCCUCAAGCUGAAAAAUGGCGGUCGGUAGUAAUUGGUGAAAUUUCCACAAACCUCACUAGAAUUCAGGAUCCCAACAUCAACCACGUACAGAUCAGAGACAUUAAUGAACACUUGAACAAGCUUUUCAGAGAGAAACGAGCGUGGGAGCACCAUAUAAAACUGCUUGGAGGAGCAGAUUACACACUUCUGUCUGGCGGUGAUGCGGGCAUAAAAGUCAAGGGUUAUCGCUAUUACGGGCGGUCACGCGAGCUUCCGGAUGUUCAGGAAAUGUUGAAGCAAACAGAGGAGGCGGAGAAAAAGAAAAAUAGUCAACAUAGUGAAAAACAAGAAUUCGAGGUGCGAUUGCAAAAACGACGAGAAAGACUUGGACCUUUCUACUAUGGGUGUUUUGACGGAGAUUCGUCGUCGUUUCCCACAAAGAAAGAUGUUGAGAAGGAAUUGGGCUAUACGAAUGAAGAGAAACACUACAGAAUAGACUCAGAACUUCAAGCGUACGAAGAAACUCGGAGUCAAGAACUUGGAAAAGAACUUUCGGAGAACCAGGAGUUUGAGGGUCAUUUUGAGGAUUUGGUGCCCACUAGUGAGCAGGUAUCACGGUGGAUCGUCGAGGAAAGAAAACGAAAGCUCAUGGAACGGUUGAGGAAAGAGUAG